CGAAAACUCGAGUGACUCUGAAUAAUAAUAAUAAGAAGGCGGCGUUGUUUAUCCAAAGGAGAGGGGUUGGACAUCGGUACCAGACUUCUGUGCCAAACAUUUUUCCAUUUACUCCCCUCUCAGUAAACCUACCAGCACUACCCAGUGUACCCUCACUGCGCUACCGACCAAGGUCAGCAACAGUGACCGCCAACGGGAGCUGUCAAUGCGGCAGCAGCCCUCCGCGGGCCCCGGCAGGUCUAUAACCUGGGAUUUAGAUCAUCAGGCUAAAUAAAGGACUGUCGCCUGUCGGAUGGAUGAAAGCGCCGGAGUGGAGGAGUGAACGAGCUGAAGAGAAGUUAGUCUAACUUAAAGGCUGUGAGAACUACCUGCGUGACACCAUGUUGAGAAACCCGGGGACCUAUGCGAACAAGAAAAGGAAGAAGCCCGCCCUCAAACAAAAGAAGGUCAGUGAGGGCAAUGCAGUGGUUAAAUCCAACCCGUCAAAGCGCCACCGGGAUCGGCUGAAUGGGGAGCUUGACAGGCUGAUGGACCUCCUGCCGUUUCCUGAGGAGGUGCGCUCUCGCCUGGACAAACUGUCGGUCCUCCGUCUCAGCGUGGGAUAUCUGAGGGUCAAGAGCUUCUUCAAAGCCACCAUGAAGAACAGCAAAAGCAGCGUGAUGUUUCCUGGGCUGAACGGGCACAACAACAUGGACACUACAGCCUUCUCUGAAGGCGACCUGCUGCUCCAGGCUCUGAACGGGUUCGUCAUGGUGGUCACGUCAGCUGGGUUAGUGUUCUACGCCUCCCCCACAAUCAAGGACUACCUGGGUUUCCACCAGUCAGACGUGGUGCAUCAGAGUGUGUUUGAUCUCAUCCACACUGAUGAUCGGAGCACGUUCAGAGAGCAGCUCCACUUUGCUCUGAACCCACCUGCUGCAGCCGAUGAGGAUGUCUUGCAGAGUUGUGGUAAUACAGUGAUGUACAAUCCGGAGCACCUGCCGCCGGAGAACUCUUCCUUCCUGGAGCGCAGCUUUGUGUGUCGCUUCCGCUGCCUGCUGGACAAUUCCUCUGGCUUUCUGGCUCUCAAGUUCCAGGGGCGACUGAAGUACCUCCACGGCCAGAGUCAGCUGAGGGACAACGGGGCAUGUCACAGACCUCAGCUGGCCCUGUUCACCAUCGCCAUGCCUGUGCAGCCUCCGUCCAUCGUGGAGAUCAGAGCUAAAAUGCUCCUGUUUCAAACCAAGCACAAGCUGGACUUCACUCCCACAGGGAUCGAUAGCAGGGGGAAGAUCGUGCUGGGCUAUUCCGAGAUUGAGCUGUGCAUGAAAGGCUCCGGAUACCAGUUUAUCCACGCGGCUGACAUGAUGCACUGUGCCGACAACCACAUCCGCAUGCUUAAAACAGGAGAGACUGGGCUGACUGUGUUCAGGCUCCUCAGCAAACCGGGCAGCUGGGUGUGGGUGAAGUCCAAUGCCAAGAUGAUCUACAAAGGAGGGAGACCUGAAUUUAUCAUUGCAUAUCAGAAAGCUAUAAGUAACGCUGAGGGUGAGGAGUAUCUGCGCCAAAGGAGCCUGCAGCUUCCCUUCAGCUUCACCAAAGGAGAGGCCACCCUCUAUAACACCGGCCCCACCAUGGACAUCCCGCAACAUCAGUCCAAUAAAAUGUUCGGCAACAAUGACAUGAAGAAGGAUGUGGUGCCUGGCUCUUUGCUGGACUGCUUCUUGAGUCAGGAUGAAAGUCUUUACACCCAGACUGUGGAGACCCCACUACCUGUGGAUCAAGUGUUCAUGGACAGCAGGGCCCUGGUCAGCGUUGUCAGUGAUGCGUGGCAGGGGAAAGAGGCAACGGUCACAACAAGUGAGCCUGUUGUGGUGAAAGAGGAGGCCAAGCAGUCCGUCAUGGCUGUGAUCGGCAGCUUUGAAAAAAUGGCGCAGAGUGGGGAUUUUUAUUCAGCUUUGCAAACACUGGAGGUGGAUAAUGCCGAGCUCUUAGAGUGGGAAAAUGCUCUGAAGAGAUUAGGACAGGAGGAUUCGCAGAGUAAGGUCAGUUCUGAUCUGGACAGCAUUGUCGCCAGCGAUGUAUUUGACUACAUCGACAGCAUUUUGUUCAAGGAGAAAGCCGAGGAUUGUCUGGACACUGUCCCUCCCAGCUGCCUCACCGCCAUCAACAACCAUCAGCAGGAGCCCUUCACUCAGGCUGCCCACGUCUCAGCCUCUGAUCUCUGCGAGCCACAGUUAUUGCAGGCACCCAGCCCUGAUUGCACUUACUCUCCGGUGAACGGCCUCUACAUUCACCAACAGGAUACGGUCACUGUAGCAGUGACAUCAGGGCAAAGCGCCCAGACGCUCUCUCACCAGGGUCCCCAGGCUGACCCCAGCCUGCCUUCUCUUCAGCAGCUCCAGCUCCAUGACAUCUUCAGCCCAUCUAUUGAGCUGCCUGGUCUCACUGUCCCUGACAUCUCAGCUGAUAGUGCUUUAGCUUCUUUUCAGUCCCAUGACCAAGCGUCUGUCACACAUACAGGCUUCCAUCAGGACAUUUCUGGUCACGUCCAGCAGUCCAACCAUCUUUUGCUACACCAAAACAGUUUGCAGGCACCUGUAAUGGCAGGAAGUUGUCACAUAAAGAGCUCUGUUCCACAACCAAACAGUUUACCACCCACUGUUAUGGACAGUCUGCCACCACUAAUUCCUUGCCAAGACUUUACUUCCUCUAAUGCACCUAAUAUUCCCUUUCAGUUUUCCUCACCUCGUCUGCAGGAAAGUCUUCCAUUUGAAAAGCACAACCUUCCUCUUCAGCAGUGGCCACAGAGCCAGCAGCAAAAGCUGCUUCAUGCUAGCAUGAUGCAAAAUGGACACAAGACCAUGCCAGUACUGCAGAGCCAAAAUUCACAAAACCAAACCUGUUCUAGUUUUUUCCCGAGGAAUGACACCAGACUGAAUAGCACACAGCAGGGAGGGCUGGCAGGUUACCAGGCAGCUGCACCCAGCAGCUGCAUGUUUUCUUCCAACCCAGCCGGACAAGACAUCCGGUCCAUCUCUGAGCCUUCAAGCCUCAAGGUGCCUGGCACGUCUUUGGAUCAGAGUCCUCCUCAAGGUUCCUGCUACUCCCAGUGGAACCACAGUGAGCCUGCGGUGGGCACAUCAGCCAUCAAUCAGCAGAAUGUCAGGUCUCUAAUUGUUCCUCCCAAUAUGCCUUCAGAGCACUCACACAGCAUUCAGCACUACCUAGAAAGCAACAAGCACAUACAGGCGUAGUUUGUGUUACCAACGGUAACUGUGGUCCCAACUGCCUUCACAUAACAUUUUAACAAGCUCUUGCAGUCUGGAUUAAGGCUGAUACACCACGGUUUCCAUGAUCAUCCUCAUCCCAUUACUUUGCUCAAUGCAAGUGAUUUGCAUGGGAAAUGAAUUUGCACUGAGCUCCAGACCGAGGGUAACUGAUUUAAUCUUAGUUCUGUGUAGGAAUAAUCACAGUAACAGUUGUCACCUUCUCACCAAGCGCUUCGCUGAUGGUCUUGUAGCCCAUUAAGGUCUUGUAGCCCACUCCGGAUGGUCUAUCUUGUCCCCAACGUCCUUUGACAGCUCUGUGGUCUUGCCCAUGGUAGUGGAGAGGUUGGAAUGGAAGAAGCUGAUUCUGUGGACAGGUGUCUAUGCACAUAACAAGUUAAGAUCGGGAGUAUCUGUAAGAUAAGAUUGGUUGACUGAUUGAUUGUAAUCUGUGAGCCACUUGGGCACACAACCAAUCUGUGGGGUGCCAAAGACUUAUUUCACUCAGUGACAUGCGAAGCAAUGAAUAACUUUUCAUCUGUAAUCAGUUUUUCUGGAUUAUUGGCAGUCGGCCUUAGUUCUGUCCUCUCUUCCCUCACUCGUGAACCCAGAGAUACUUAAGCUCCUCGUUCCAGGACCUGACCCCUCUCAUUGAGGGCAACCCCAGACUGGAGACCAGCCCCUUUUCAGGAGACUGAUUGCAGAGGGAAGCCAUGCGUUGAGGUAAACCCUGCUGUAACUAGCUAGGACCUCUCAAACUCACGCACUAGCUCAGGCUCCUUCACCACCAAACUGGUUCCAUGUCCCAGUCGCCAGUCACGAUAGUGGGGAUUGGUCAUCUAGGGCUUCCGCCACUGGCUGUCGCCCGACACACACUGUGCCUCCUGCAGGCUGUGGGCCUACAGGUGGGCGGGCGUAUCUAUCCUGCGCCCCAUAGGCUAAAGACCCUCACCUCAUCUUCACCAUUUUGCCUUGGGAGACCCUCCCAGGGGGCAAAAGCAACCCGACAACAUAAUCCCUGGGACACACAAACCCCACGUAAACAUGCUGAGGUGGUGAUUUGAGCCUUCUGGAACUCGUGAUUUUAAAAUCCAGCUGCGAAUCUUUCCUAUAAUUGUAUUGUGAGCAGAUGAUCCGUCUGCAUCUCCCUCGAUGUGCUCGUUCUGAGAGGAGAAGAGUGAACUUGCAAGAGUCAUUGUUGGGACGUGACUCUUGUUCUGUUCUUACUUCCUGUUUUUAGCUGGACUGACUUCCUGUUCAUAAUGUCAGACAGAAACGAUAUGUUUAGUCAUUUUAAUACAUCUGUUGAUUCUAUAUUCUGCAUCUGAAUAAAUUAUCACAUGUAUCGGUUUCCUAAGUGAGGCCUCGGGUAUCUCAGCCUCUUUGAGUCUGUGUAGCUGUUCUGUUUGCAAUCAUUACAUUUUUAUUUUAUCCAAAAACUGUUUUUCUUCUUUAUAUGCAGCGAUAAAGAAAUAUAACAAGAGAAUGUGGUUAUUGGUGUUAAAGGUCAGAGAGGCUCCACCCAAAACAAACUGACUGACUCUGCUGUGAAUGUCUUUGUCAGUGUAAUCGUUGAACAUCCUGUUGUCUCUGUCCAGCAGAACGAUAUGAGCCCUGUGGAGAACAACAGAGCUUCCUUCACACUUUCUCUGAUGCAGCCACAUACCUGAUGGGAUGGAGCACGCCGCCGUGUUGCUGCUGGUGCUACAGUUGCUGGAGAAGGACAAACCCCAGCAUAUCUUUGCCUGUAUCAGUGCUUAUCCACACAUUCACACACUUACACUUAUUAUUGUGUUUUAUAUCCCUCUGUAUCAGAUACACUUUGUCCGGCCUCUGUUGUCUUUAAAAGCUGUUGCUUUAGUGAAGAUACACUAUGAUAACAAUGAAGUAUGAAGCCGCAAGUGCAUUUACUAUGGCGGAGCUCGAACCAGGUAGAAGGUGAAUACAAACAGCCAAAGAUGUUAUUUAGAAAGAAUAAUGAUGUUUAAGUAUGUUCAUUCUGAUAAAGUUGGGAUGAAUUUCAAAUUUAUUAUAAAAACAGCAUAAAUGUCAGUGAGCAGCAAAUGGACUGGACUGAUUCUUAUAUAGCGCUUUUCUACUCUCACGGAGUACUCAAAGCGCUCUAUACAACAUGCCUCAUUCACCCAAUCUCACAAGCACUUUAUCUAUACUUAGUGCUUUCUAACAACAUUCA